AUGACGGACCAGAAAGCCGUCGUCGUGGCCCUCAGCGGCUGCUCGUCCAGCGGCAAGACAACCCUCGCCCGUCUCCUCCGCGACAUUUUCCCCAACACCUUUAUUCUCCACGAGGAUGACUUCUACCGCGCGGAAGAAGAACUGCCCUCCAAGAACGGCCUCCUAGACUGGGACUGCCCCCAAGCGAUCAACAUCACGGACAUGGAAAAGGCCCUCACCCACAUCCGCACCUCCGGCACAUUCCCCCCGUUCGUCGACUCGAAAGAGGACCAAAACUCAGUAGGCGCCUGCCCCGUCAGCACCGCCAAGAUCGCAGCCCUCCAAGCCAAGGUCGCCGCCUGGCUCCGUCCCCCGUCGCCAGGCCACGCCGUCUUCGCCUCGGGCCUCCGCCUCUGCCUCUUCGACGGCUUCCUCCUCUACUGCAGCGAGAUGCAGGCCGCCAUGCGUCUCAUCGACGUCAAGCUGUUCCUGACCGUCAGCCGCGCGCGGGCGACGCAGAGGCGCGAGGCCAGGGACGGCUACGUCACGCUCGAGGGGUUCUGGAAGGACCCGCCGGGGUACGUGGACGCCGUUGUCUGGCCCAACUAUGCGGAUGCGCACGGCUGGUUGUUUGAGGGGCGUCAUGUCGAGGGGGCCUUGGACCGCGGGGUGUUGAGUGAGAAUGGCAUCCUGGCGCAGGAGGGCGAUGAGCUGGAUGUCGAUAUGGAGAAGACCUUGGAGUGGGCGGUUGAUACUGUCAUGGCCGAGCUGGAAAGGCGGCUGAAGCAGUAG